GUUUCUUUUGAGAUUCAGAUGGAAGGAAGCGUUUGCAAGAAGAGUUCAAGAGGAAAAAAAGAUGACCUUUAUCAUGUUAUUCAUAAGGUACCUUAUGGAGAUAGUCCUUAUGUCAAAGCCAAGCAUGCUCAGUUGGUUGAUAAGGAUCCAGAAGCAGCUAUAGUGCUAUUUUGGAAGGCAAUCAAUGCUGGAGACAAAGUGGACAGUGCCCUAAAGGAUAUGGCUGUUGUGAUGAAACAAUUAGACAGAGCUGAAGAAGCAAUUGAAGCCAUCAAAUCCUUUAGAGGCCUUUGUUCCAAGCAGUCUCAAGAGUCACUUGAUAAUGUAUUGCUUGACCUUUACAAGAAAUGUGGAAGAAUAGAGGAGCAAAUUGAAUUGUUGAAGAGAAAGCUAAAACUUAUUUACCAAGGCGAGGCCUUUAAUGGAAAGACCACAAGGACUGCUCGAUCUCAUGGCAAGAAGUUCCAAGUUUCCAUCAAGCAAGAAACUGCAAGAUUAUUGGGAAACUUGGGCUGGGCCUACAUGCAGAAAGGAAACUACAUGAUGGCCGAGGUCGUGUUCAAGAAAGCCCAAAUGAUAGAUGCUGAUGCUAAUAAGGCUUGCAACUUGGGCUUAUGUCUUAUGAGGCAAUCUCGUUAUGAGGAAGCUUAUUAUGUUCUUGAAGAGGUUGUGCAAGGAAAACUUCCAGGGUGUGAUGAAAUAAAAUCCAGGACAAGAGCUGAGGAAUUGCUUGCAGAGUUGAAUGCUAAUAUGCCUCAACCUGAGUUUAUGGAUGCUUUGGGCCUUGAUGAUGACUUUGUCAAAGGGAUAGAUGAAUUGCUAAAUGCAUGGAGCACAAAUAGACAAAGAAGACUACCCAUCUUUGAGGAAAUCUCUUCCUUUAGAGAUCAAUUAGCAUGUUAA